ACCAAACCAAAUCUGCAAAACAAAUUCCAAAACCCAGAGAAAAAGAGACGAGACGACCCAUGUUUCAUCUUUUCAAAAACCCUUUUUCCAACGCGUUUUCUUCAGAUCUUCGUUUUUCUUCGUUGUUUUUGACGAUUUCGUUUACAUAUUCGUGUUGAUCGUUCUUUGAUCUACGUUUUGUGUAUGGAUUUGAUGUGUUUUGAUGAAACUUUCGUCAAUGAUCAUUGCGGUGAUCAGAGAUUAAGAUCUAGAUUUGUUGUUUCAGAAGGAUGAGAUUCGUUAUAGAUCAUAUUCAACAUAUUUUGAUGAUUAUUUGUUAAGAUCUAGAUUUGCUAUUUGAUAUGUUUAAGUGAGCUUUUUUGGCUGAUUAUUGGUUUUUGUUUUGGUUUCCGGCCAGAUCUGUGAUUCCAUAUUGAAGUUUUAGGAAAUUGAGAGAUAUUGCGAGAUUCUGCUUUGGCGAUUAAUCUCUCAAACUCGAUUUUGAAUCUUUGAAUCAACCAGGGCUGAUUGUUGCAGGUAGGUAACUAACCAAAUAUCAAUAUUGAGAUGGGAGGUACAAGCGAUUUCAAAGGAUUAAUAACUCAUGGACCAUGGGGUGGUUCAGAUGGGGAAAAAUGGGUUUAAUAUUCUUCAAAGCUCUAUUGAAAAGAUAAUUGUUAAGCAUGGAAAAGCUGUUGACUCCAUCGAAUUUCAAACCAACUGCAGUUUUUGGUGAACCUCAAAGCUCAUUCUUUGGUCGCAAAGUUCAUAGGACUGACAACAAAAUGACCAUGAUUUCCUUUUACCCUAAUGAAUAUUUGAUGUCAAUAAGUGGGACAGUUGGUAGUGUACAUUUAUAUGGUUUAGUAGUAAAGUCGAUAUGCUUUAAGACGAAUCUGGACCUUUAUGGCCCGUAUGGCACUGAUGAUGACACUGCUUUCUCAUAUGAUGUCAAAGACGAGGUGAUUGUCGGAUUCCAUGGGUUGACAAACAGUUAUUACCUCAAUGCUAUUGGGGUUUAUGCGAUACACAAAUCACCCGCAUCACCUCCAACUUCUACAUAUGAAGGCAAAAUAAAGAAUGGGGUUCAUUCUCUUUUAUGCUGCAGUAAGUCUAUAAUGACAUUGCCAAGGGAUGCAGGCCUGUGGGGAGCAUGUGGAAGCAACCGUGGGAUGAUGGAGUUUUUUCUACUAUCAAACAAGUGUGCGUUCAUUUACUAGAUCGAGCUGAAUGUCAUUUAAGGCCUGCAAUUUGAAUAUCUGAAAUCGGAUGGUAAAUCUGUAAUGUCACAAAUCCAUGGAGGAACAGAUGGAGUUGAAAUACAUCUGGUUAAUUUGGAAGAUAAUGGUGAGUAUUUGACUGGAAUAUCUGGGUUAUGUGGGCCUGUUAAAGGGUUUGAUGGGUUGGAAGCUGUACUCUCUAUUAAAUUCAUACAAAUUUGAGGAUCCAUGUUCCUUAUGGAGAAGAAAGGAGGGCAGGGUAUGUUUCUUAUAGUUCACCAGCAUCUUCUGGGAAAGUAGUUGGUUUUCAUGGCAAGAAUAAUGGUUUCUUAAGCGCUAUCGGUGUUCAUAUGGAGUACUUCUGACCUCAAAGCUCAACAAGGAAUAUUUCAUUCAAAGAAUCUAGCAGGAAACUAGCAAGAAAACCCCAAACAAAUCCAAAAACCAAGAACAAGCAAACAAAAAAAAACAAGCAAAAUGGUUCAUUUUGUGAGGAGUUUAAGUCGAGAGGUAGCUAGAUUUGCACCGUGAGCUAUUGGAAGUUGGAAAGGACAAGCACACAUUGAAGGUGGCUAAGAGAAAGUUGGGUACUCACAAAAGGACAAAGAGGAGAGAAAAAAUGUCCAGCAUACUUCACAAGAUGAGGUUUGGUGGAGACGCGUUGAAAUUAUGUCCGGAGGAAACAUUGACGAUGAAAAUGUUACUAAUAAGACAACCAAUGUGCUGUACUAGGACAUUUUUAGUGAAAUUUGAUUUUUCUUAAACUAUCAAACAAACAGGCGGUGGAGUUGGUCGGUUACGUUGGAUAUUUCCGGUAACAUAAAUUGAAACAACGGCGGUGACGGAGUUAACUACAACACAAUAAUUAUCAACCCUACAACCGCCUCUUUCUCACAAUCACCAAAACCCUUUAUCACAAAGCUUUGUUUCUUCUUCUUCUUCUUCUUCUUCACUUACCAUUCCUAUACCUAAUCUGAUAACCUAUAUUUUAAGAGCAAUGGCUUCGGGGCAACUGAAUGGUGUUCUAUUUAAAGGAUUAGCAACUGAAAGCGGUGAACGGACCAAAUCAAAAUUUAAAAAAGGGUCUUUCCCUGAAAAGUUGUCGGUUCGAGCCCAUGGAUUAUUUCUAGCUAACAAACAUAAGAGGUUGAGAUUUGCAACAGAUGCUGUAGCAAAUUAUAGCUCAGUUUUGUCGGAUCAUUCAAGGAUGAUGUCGUGCCCUUCGGUUAUACAUAAGAGGAAACGUGUUUCUUCCACAACUAAAGGCCGGAUAAACUCAGACUGUCGUGUGCAGUCUUCUGAACCGGAAAACAGGGUUGUCAAAGAAGAAAAUGAUGUCUCAAACAUGAGAGAAAUAUAUCCGGACUUGAUGGGUGUUGGUUCAAAUGAGGAACCAAAAAUUACGGAAAUAUCACGUUCGAAAAAUAUAAAAAACGAGCUCAUUGCAUUGUCAAUACCCGCACUUGCUGGGCAAGCAAUUGAACCUAUGGCUCAGUUAAUGGAGACGGCUUAUAUCGGUAGAUUAGGCCCUGUGCAGUUGGCUUCUGCUGGUGUCUCGAUAUCGAUCUUCAACAUCGUUUCUAAACUAUUCAACAUUCCUCUCCUCAGUGUUGCUACUUCUUUUGUGGCUGAGGAUAUCGCAAAGAACUCCAGAGAAAAUACCGAGCAAGCAAAUGGCAAAAUAGAAAGACAGCAGUUGGCUUCUGUUUCAACCGCUUUGCUUUUGGCUGUCGGUAUCGGUUUAUUUGAGGGUUUGGCUUUAUACUUGGGGUCGGGAACGUUUCUUAAUUUGAUGGGUAUAUCAUCGGCUUCUUCCAUGCACGGUCCAGCUCAGCAAUUUCUUUCUCUUAGAGCCCUCGGUGCACCUGCAGUUGUUGUGUCAUUGGCUCUUCAAGGCAUAUUUCGUGGUUUUAAGGAUACGAAAACACCUGUAGUAUGUCUAGGCAUUGGUAAUUGUUUAGCUAUAUUUCUGUUUCCUCUGCUUAUGUACUACUUCAAAUUAGGUGUGAGUGGAGCUGCUAUUUCUACUGUUAUCUCACAAUAUAUUGUCACCUUUAUAAUGUUAUGGCACCUUAAUAAAAGAGCUAUAAUACUUCCUCCAAGGCCCGGAGCACUACAAUUUGGCGGCUAUAUGAAAUCUGGUGGUUUUCUUAUUGGAAGAACACUUGCGGUACUUAUAACAACAACCUUAGCAACAUCAAUGGCGGCUCGCCAAGGUCCUAUUGCUAUGGCUGCCCACCAAAUAUGUCUGCAAGUUUGGUUGGCUGUUUCACUUAUUACAGAUGCACUCGCAGCAUCUGGUCAGGCGUUGAUUGCCAGUUCAGUUUCAGAAGGGGAUUAUAAAUCCGUGAAGGAUAUCACAUACUUUGUUUUAAAGAUUGGUCUUGUGAUGGGUGUUACUUUGGCUGCAAUAUUGGGCUUAUCUUUUGGCUCUCUAUCCACACUGUUUACCAAGGACAUUGAAGUAUUGACCAUUGCUAGAACCGGGGUUCUGUUUGUGAGUGCAAGUCAACCAUUGAAUGCUUUGGCUUUUAUCGUUGAUGGUUUGCAUUACGGAGUUUCAGAUUUUCCUUAUGCAGCUUAUUCCAUGAUGCUUGUGGGGGUUAUAUCAUCUGCAUUUCUUUUAUAUGCUCCUUCGGCUUUUGGUCUUUAUGGUGUUUGGUCGGGUUUGACUAUCUUUAUGGGAUUGCGAAUGGUGGCAGGGUUUAUCAGAUUGUCAACCAAGAACGGUCCCUGGUGGUUUUUGCAUCAGGAUUUGAAUAAAGCUAAGGUCUCGCCUGUUGGAUGAAAUUCAGAUAGGAUUACACAACACAAUGUUGACUGCUGCUGAUACACAUGCUGACUGUUCUUUCUGGUUGCGUCUUACUUGGCUGGGAUUGGAUUAAAGUAUUUGGACGGGUACAAAUUUCUGCUCGCUUACGAACCGGCACAUUUAGUUAUUGUAGAUAAGCCUACUGCCUGCUUUUGAUGUUAAUAAGGUUGUAGAUAAACCGACUUUUGAUGUUUCUUAUGGUUUAAUAAACUUGGCUUUCAUAUGAGAAUACUAGCCUGUCUGGUACCUUGUAGGGGAGGUAUGUGCUAUUAUAAUUGAACAAAGACAAUACUAUAGUAACACCGUUGCAUUAGAAAAUGCUUGUGUUAUGUGAAGCAUUAUUAUUAUUUUU